AACCCCAUUGCGCUGAUUAUCAGAGCUCAGAUCCAGUGUGAAUCUUCCACUGAUGUUAAGGGCAGUCUACAGCAAAGAUCCUGUACAUUCCUCUCGGCAGUGGUCAUCGCUCUGCACAUAAUGGGCGUGUUUACCGCAUGAUUGUCACUGGACUUUCCCCAAGUCAGUCUCUGUAAUGCUUGUUCGCAACGGCGAGCACAAAGUCGAGCCGAGGGGAGGCUUUUUUUAAAAACUUUUUUUUAGGGCUUUCUUUGAAGUUUAGUUUCUGAAUUGUUUCCGGGAAAUCAGAGAGAUUGUUUGCAUUAAUAGCGAGUGUGUGGGCUGUGGGAGCACUGUGUUCAUUUGGACGGGCGGUGAUCGGAGAGGCAGCAGGCGCCGAGGAGGGUCGCAGUCAUGGUCUCUACACUCACUUCAAGCGGGAGAUACCUUCACCUCGUCUUGUUCGUAUUCACGUUAACAACGAAAGGGAAUGGAUUUGAGGUUCAGAUAAACACAGACACUCCAGCUGUGGAAAUCGGGGGCUCUUUGAAUGUGACCUGCAGAACCACAUGUUUAGAUCCUAAUAUAGACAUGGAACUAAAACCAGGGCUAAAUAAAUACUGCCUUAAAGGUAACAACCAGGAAACAUGCCACAUCCCAAUUGUGAAGAAGUGGGAUUUACCAAUGCUUUGCAGUGUAACGUGCCAAUCUGAAAACAAUAAUCAGGUUGAGGCCAAAACAGUGAUCAUUGUGUACAAUCGAGAUCUUGUCAUUGCUCCACAUCCAAAAGCGAUGGAAAUUAACAAAACAUAUCAGCUGCAUUGCACCGGUCCAAGAGUGUAUCCAAACAACAAGCUCCAUCUCAAGUGGCUCAGAGGGAACAAAGUUGUGAAGUCAGUUAACCCAACGAAACCAGCAAAGGUUCCAGACAAUGUGACUCCGUUGGUCAAUAUCCUCAAUCUCAAUGCAAGCAAGGCUGAUGAUGGACAAGUGUACACAUGCUUGGCAGAGCUGGACGUGGACACAAAUACCACAAAAGAAAUCAAAUCCUCCUCCGUGACUCUGCAAACCUACUCUUUUCCAAAGCCUCCUAGAAUCCUCAACAGAAAGCCCAUUGAAGUGAAUGAGGAGGCCACGUUGGAAUGUGAGGUCCAAAAUGUCUAUCCAGCUGAGAACUUGACUGUAACAUGGUUUCACAAUGAAGAAGAACUGAAGUCAGUUACAAAGACGUCAGCAUCCCACGAUAUCUGGGCAACAACAACAUGGACACCACAAGACACAGGACUGACUGAACUCACCUGCAGAGCAGAUUUUGAGGAUUAUCCAUUAAAUCUAACAAGGAGUCACAACAUUGCUAUUGAGGUGUACGUUUUCUCCGAACCUGUAAUCCAAGCAUCACUGACCAUCGUUGAGGGAAAACCGGUGAAUAUUACCUGCAGUGUGUUUAAUGUCUCGGGAGAACUUCAACUUACACUGAAGAAUGGAAAUAAGUCUUUGCCAAGCGAAUCAUCCAGUACAGAGCACACUAUCUACCACACUUUGCAUCCAAAGAUGGAGUUGAAUGGACAGCAGUUGACUUGUGAGGCUAAACUGACACUCCAAAAUCACUCUGAACCCAUUGUUAAGCAACAGAAUAUCACACUCAAUGUGCAAACGAAAGGGAAUGGAUUUGAGGUUCAGAUAAACACAGACACUCCAGCUGUGGAAAUCGGGGGCUCUUUGAAUGUGACCUGCAGAACCACAUGUUUAGAUCCUAUUAUGGACAUGGAACUAAAACCAGGGCUAAAUAAAUACUGCCUUAAAGGUAACAACCAGGAAACAUGCCACAUCCCAAUUGUGAAGAAGUGGGAUUUACCAAUGCUUUGCAGUGUAACGUGCAAAUCUGAAAACAAUACUCAGUUUGAGAACGAAACAGUGAUCAUUGUGUACAAUCGAGAUCUUGUCAUUGCUCCACAUCCAGAAGUGAUGGAAAUUAACAAAACAUAUCAGCUGCAUUGCACCGGUCCAAGAGUGUAUCCAAACAACAAGCUCCAUCUCAAGUGGCUCAGAGGGAACAAAGUUGUGAAGUCAGUUAACCCAACGGAACCAGCAAAGUUUCCAGACAAUGUGACUCUGUUGGUCAAUAUCCUCAAUCUCACUGCAAGCAAGGCUGAUGAUGGACAAGUGUACACAUGCUUGGCAGAGCUGGACUUGGACACAAAUACCACAAAAGAAAUCAAAUCCUCCUCCGUGACUCUGCAAACCUACUCUUUUCCAAAGCCUCCUAGAAUCCUCAACAGAAAGCCCAUUGAAGUGAAUGAGGAGGCCACGUUGGAAUGUGAGGUCCAAAAUGUCUAUCCAGCUGAGAACUUGACUGUAACAUGGUUUCACAAUGAAGAAGAACUGAAGUCAGUUACAAAGACGUCAGCAUCCCACGAUAUCUGGGCAACAACAUGGACACCACAAGACACAGGACUGACUGAACUCACCUGCAGAGCAGAUUUUGAGGAUUAUCCAUUAAAUCUAACAAGGAGUGCCAACAUUUCCAUUGAGGUGUACGUUUUCUCCGAACCUGUAAUCCAAGCAUCACUGACCAUCGUUGAGGGAAAACCGGUGAAUAUUACCUGCAGUGUGUUUAAUGUCUCGGGAGAACUUCAACUUACACUGAAGAAUGGAAAUACGUCUUUGCCAAGCGAAUCAUCCAGUACAGAGCACACUAUCUACCACACUUUGCAUCCAAAGAUGGAGUUGAAUGGACAGCAGUUGACUUGUGAGGCUAAACUGACACUCCAAAAUCACUCUGAACCCAUUGUUAAGCAACAGAAUAUCACACUCAAUGUGCAAACGAAAGGGAAUGGAUUUGAGGUUCAGAUAAACACAGACACUCCAGCUGUGGAAAUCGGGGGCACUUUGAAUGUGACCUGCAGAACCACAUGUUUAGAUCCUAUUAUGGACAUGGAACUAAAACCAGGGCUAAUUGAAUACUGCCUUAAAGGUAACAACCAGGAAACAUGCCACAUCCCAAUUGUGAAGAAGUGGGAUUUACCAAUGGUUUGCAGUGUAACGUGCAAAUCUGAAAACAAUACUCAGGUUGAGAACAAAACAGUGAUCAUUGUGUACAAUCGAGAUCUUGUCAUUGCUCCACAUCCAGAAGUGAUGGAAAUUAACAAAACAUAUCAGCUGCAUUGCACCGGUCCAAGAGUGUAUCCAAACAACAAGCUCCAUCUCAAGUGGCUCAGAGGGAACAAAGUUGUGAAGUCAGUUAACCCAACGGAACCUGCAAAGUUUCCAGACAAUCUGACUCCGUUGGUCAAUAUCCUCAAUCUCAAUGCAAGCAAGGCUGAUGAUGGACAAGUGUACACAUGCUUGGCAGAGCUGGACUUGGACACAAAUACCACAAAAGAAAUCACAUCCUCCUCCGUGACUCUGCAAACCUACUCUUUUCCAAAGCCUCCUAGAAUCCUCAACAGAAAGCCCAUUGAAGUGAAUGAGGAGGUCACGUUGGAAUGUGAGGUCCAAAAUGUCUAUCCAGCUGAGAACUUGAUUGUAACAUGGUUUCACAAUGAAGAAGAACUGAAGUCAGUUACAAAGACGUCAGCAUCCCACGAUAUCUGGGCAACAACAUGGACACCGCAAGACACAGGACUGAUUAAACUCACCUGCAGAGCAGAAUUUGAGGAUUAUCCAUUAAAUCUAACAAGGAGUCACAACAUUGCCAUUGAGGUGUACGGUAAGCAUGCUGGAUAA